GGCCGUAUUUCUCUCAUGGAGGCGCUUUCAGAGAUUCGUGCUGAGGAGACUCGCCUACGUGGUGCUGGUUUGCUAGAGGUUCCCUCUGUGCUCGCUACUCGGGUUUCUUCCACUCCACCUGCUGCACCGCCCCAUUCUCGCUCGAGUGCUCCGCCGCUCUUGCCCACUCCUUCUGGAGGCUCAGGUCGCCCCCGUUCACAUUGUGACUACUGCAACAAUGAUGGUCAUAUUGAGUCCCAGUGCUACACCAAGCGGAAACACCUGCGCAAGGCGCGAUCAUCAGGGACUGCGUCAUCUCCCUCGCCAGCUUCAGCCAUUGCUUUGACUGAGCAGGAUAUUCUGAGACUUAAGCGUCUGCUCGCGGCUUCAGGUUCUUCCUCGACGGGUACUGCUGGUUCUGUGACUGAUGCUUCCCGCACUGAGCACCCGCCCUCUACACAGUCAGGAUCGUCGCACGCACACUCUGGUUGGGGCUGGCCCUCGCCGCCGUGAUUCUCAGGGUCUUU